AUGAAUGAAAUAAGCGAAUUAAUUAUACUGUUAAAUUCAAAUCUUCUUUGUGUAGAUGAUAGGAACAACGGUGAACAUAACAUUGACUCACAUGCACAAAGUUUAAGAAAUUUAGAAUGGUAUUAUAAAGCUAUAGACGAAGGUCGGAUUGUUAAAUUCGGAUAUUCGGAAUUUUUUAAUAUUAGAGAAAUAGGACAAGGUGGCUAUGGAAUAGUUUAUUCUGCCGAUUAUGGCGAACAAAAAGUCGCGUUGAAGCGGUUUACUCAGAAUAAUUCAAUUAUAAAUUUUGCUAAUGAAAUUAAACAAAUUUAUACAGUUAAUAAUCACGAAAAUAUUAAUAGAUUUCAUGGAAUCACUAAAGAACAACGACCAAAUUUAAACGAAAUCUUAGGAUGCCUUGAAGAAAUUUCGAAAGAAGUGGAUAAUAAGUUUAUAACGUAUAGUGAUCGCCAACGACGAGCUUCGACGCCAUCAUUAACGACUGAUAAUUCAUCGAGUUUAAGCUCUUCAUCUGACCACUCAGAAUAUUUCAGUAUUCAAUUAACAAUUUCUAUAAAUACAACAAAUAUUAUCACAAGAAGUCAGGCCGAAAAGAUCUCUGAUUGGAUUUAUGAAAAUAAUAUUAUUCGAUGCGAAUUUAGAUUACGAUAUAUGGGUGGUCGAGAUAGUGAUGGAGCCGAAUUUAAAAAUUUUCAUAAACACUGUGAUAAUAUAUCAGGAACCGUUGUGGUAUUAAGAGUUCGUGCGACGGGAGAAAUACUUGGUGGAUACAACCCAAUUAAAUGGAAAACAGCACCUCGUAAAUUUGGAGUGAUGCCUACUAGUGAUUAUGGAGUAACUGAUAAAGCGUUUAUUUUUUCCUUUAAAGAUGAAAAAACAAUUUUUAGUAAAGUAAAAAAUCCCGAUAAAGCUAUUUAUUACAAGGAUGAGUACGCAGUUUCUUUCGGGAAGAGCGAUUUAUCCUUGAUAAAUGACAUGACAUUAAAUUAUAAGUGGUAUUGUAAACAAAAAAAUUAUAGUAAACCGAUUAGAUCUUCGGUGGGUUCCUUUGAAGUAGAUGAUUAUCAAGUAUUCGAAGACCUUAAUUCCGUUCUUCAUUUAUUAAGAAGUCUUAGAAAAGUUCUUGUUAUCAACUCUAACAAAAAUAAAAAGACUACUUUACCUAGAAAAUUCCAAUUUACAACAAAUAUGAAUCCUUCAAUUUAUGAUACCACAUACCUUUCUAGCCCUGAAAUAAUUACCUCGUCAUUGUUUCUUGCUGUGAGUCUUGCCUUAACUGCGGACUCAUUUUUGCGAGCGAUAGUUGAUAAGACAAUCAAUUCAAAUUAUCGUCUUCUUUUUCCCAUAAAUAUUUCAAUACUGAUCAAUGAAAUACUCAUGGUUUUUUUAAUAAGAGCAAGUCAAAUUUGCUCUGAUGACUCUAAUGCCUUGAUAAAUUUAGAUCCCAAUUGUACAUACACUGCAAAAGUGAGCUUUCCAAAGUGCUCUGAUAAAUCAUCGAUAUAUUUAUAUUAUACGAUACUUCCAAUUACUCGAAUAUUUUACCUCAUCAUCAAGCCGUCCAUGAUAUAUCUUGCAUAUAAACGUGCCGCUAGUAUCUCGAGGAAGUUUGCAAGCCCUUUAUCUAGAUUAAUUGCUUACAUUUUUAUCGCUGCACGCAUCAUUGAAGUAGUCAUGACGACAACAUUUUUCUUCGUAGAUGGCUUUAAGUGUAGAGGUUCUUAUUGCGAUCCUCUAUGUUGGAUUACUUGUUUUAAAAUAUAUUAUGUACGAGAUAUAGUUGCUCCUUUUUUUCGCGUUUAUUAUAUCAUUGCUGAAUCUGUAUUUUAUUUGAGGUUAUUUCAAAAAGUUCGUGAAUUAAAAAAUGAUAAACGCAUUCGUCGUGUUAUUUUUCAUCAAUCUUUUUUAUUCACUAUUGAUAUAAUACAACUCUUAGCAAUGAUGAUUUAUCGAGAAGUUGGACGUUUUGAACAUCAAUUACCAACUUAUAUUUAUGCCGAGUUGUUUAGCACGGCAUUUACUAUUUUUGUAAUGACAAAAUUUGUAGAUAGGAUCCCUAAUCUGCUUGAAGCAAAAUCGAAUAAUGCUAAUGGCAAUAUAGAGUUAGAUGAGAAAGAAGAAAAUUUGCAACUUCAAAAUAAUGAAACAUUUUCUUAA